UUAAUUUUUCUUUCUUCUUCUACUUGCAGGUUGUAAACUCGCGCCGUGAAACCGAUGCUGGCGUCUAUUGGUGUGAGGCAAAAAAUGAGUUGGGUGUGGCGCGGAGUCGAAAUGCGACAUUACGUAUUGCCGUGCUGCGCGACGAAUUCCGUCUGGAACCACAGAAUACUCGCAUUGCACAGGGUAACACAGCGUUGCUGGAAUGUGCCGCACCGCGCGGCUUACCCGAACCGACGGUCACAUGGAAGAAAGGUGGCCAGAAAUUAGAUUUGGAUAGUACGAAGCGUAUACGCAUAGUCGAUGGCGGUAAUCUGGCCAUACAGGAUGCACGUCAAAGUGACGAGGGUCAAUAUCAGUGCAUUGCCAAGAAUCCUGUGGGCGUACGAGAAUCUGUGUUGGCGACGCUCAAGGUGCACGUGAAACCGUUCAUCAUACGUGGCCCACAUGAUCAAACGGUGCUGGAAGGCUCAUCAGUGACGUUUCCUUGUCGUGUUGGCGGUGAUCCAAUGCCAGAUGUUUUAUGGUUGCGCACAGCAUCCGGUGGAAACAUGCCAUUGGAUCGCGUCAGCGUACUAGAAGAUCGCAGCUUGCGUCUGGAACGCGUCACCAUUGCCGACGAAGGCGAGUACAGCUGUGAGGCGGACAAUGUGGUCGGCGCGAUUUCCACCAUGGGCACGCUAACAGUGUAUGCACCUCCCAAGUUCAUACAGCGACCGACUAGCAAGUCAAUCGAGCUGGGUGCGGACACUUCGUUUGAAUGCCGCGCAAGUGGCAACCCGCGACCUACGCUCUUCUGGACAAUAAAAAAUAAUCGCACGAUUAUAUUUCCUGGUGCGCCGAAACUCGAUCGUUUCCAGAGCUUAAACACCGAGGAGGGCCAUUCGAUAUUGACGCUGACAAAUUUUCAACGCACCGACCGCGAUUUAGUUGUGGUUUGCAAUGCAAUGAAUGAAGUGGCAACUAUAACGGCGCGUGCACAGCUCACACUCGACUCGCAAGAAGACCGACCGCCGCCCAUUAUCAUUUCAGGUCCGGUCAAUCAGACGCUGCCUGUUAAGUCGAUGGCCACGCUGCAAUGCAAGGCUAUUGGUUUGCCAAAUCCAACGAUUUCCUGGUAUCGUGACGGCAUACCCGUGCAUCCGAAUGCGAAGGUGAACAUCACAGCAGCCGGCGAUUUGAUAAUUUCCGACUUGGACCGCAAAGAGGAUCAGGGUUUGUAUACAUGUGUGGCAAGCAGCCGCACCGGCAAGUCCACGUGGAGUGGCUACUUGCGCAUCGAAGUGCCCACCAAUCCGAAUAUUAAAUUCUACCGCGCACCCGAGCGAACCAAAUGUCCGAAUGCGCCCGGUCAACCCACAGUGCUGCAUGCCUCCGCCAAUGCACUUACCAUUGUCUGGCCGACGAGCUAUAAGGCAGGUGCUUCUCCACUCCUUGGCUACACAGUCGAAAUGUACUCGACGAACAAGAGUAAGACGUGGAUUCCCAUUGCCGCACGCUUGAGUGAACCCAUUUUCAUGGUUGAAGGCCUCAGUAGUGGAGCGGCGUAUAUGUUUAUUGUGCGCGCAGAGAAUGCGCACGGUUUCUCGCCGCCUAGUCCCAUUUCAGAGCCAAUUACGGCGGGAAAAUUAGUCGGUGCCGGCAGUAGGAUUGGUGGUGGCUCCACAGGUGGGGGUGGUGGUAUUGGUGGCGGUGCUGGUGGAGGCGCAGUCACAUCCGAACUGCUACUCAAUGAAGCGGAAGCUGUGCUGCAGACAAGCGACAUGGUCGAGCUGUUGGAGGCCAAUGCCACCGAUUCGACAACAGUACGCCUCGCUUGGGACAUUGACAGCGGUCAGUACAUCGAGGGAUUCUACAUUUAUGCGCGUGAAUUACACUCGGCUGAGUACAAAAUGAUGACCAUAUUGAAUGCGGGCAGUGGUGCGACGGCAUGCACCGUAAAUGGAUUGGAGAAGGCGAGCAUGUAUGAGUUUUUUCUUGUGCCAUUUUACAAGAGCAUCGUAGGCAAACCAUCCAAUUCGAAACGUAUACGCACCAUGGAAGAUGCAUUAUUUGGGGGAUUAGGUCGCUGCCUAAUAGGAUAUCAACUUGCGCGGGGGUGUGGCAGUUGGGAUCCGCAAAUUUUAGGUGGGCAAAUUUUUGGCGAUCUUUGCCAUUUACUUUAUAGCUUGGAAGCAUAUUUGUUAGUUGCGGCAGAACUAUGGCGUGUGCCUCUAUUCUUACAUCCGCAUUGGGGGAAAUCAGGAUAUCCCAUCAAUCGAGACAUUGCCGACGAUUUUCUAACACAGACUUGGCUCAUCAUUUUACUGGGUUCCAUUAUAGCGUUAAUUGUGUUUCUAUUCGGCGCCUUUGUCCUCUUCAAACGCUACCAAUUCAUUAAGCAAACAUCGUUGGGCAGUUUACAUGGCAAUCACGCAAUUGGUGCCGUGCGAAAAUUCCCUACGCUACCUUUGAAUGCGAAUGGCGUCUGGAUCGAUCCGACUGGUGGUGUAUGGCAUCAAGCCAGUAGCUGUACGACAAAGGACCAACUUCCGGAUUACGCACAAGUCACGGGCCAGCAAACGUUGCCAUUACCCGACUAUGAACGCCUUACACCGCUUAACAUGCCCGAUUAUGCAGAGGUUGCAUGUUCAACAUUCAAAUCGCCGAACGGGGCGCUGGCACACGUAACGCCAAACGGAAAAGCACAUGCCACACGGCAGCAAACAUCCGGUGGUAAUGGCAACAGUAUGCCAGCGCUCGCUGGCAAUGCGCUCUAUGAUAGCUGUGGCGCGUAUGCAACAACAAAUUUGGUCGCAAAUGCCAAACUCUAUCAGAAUCGCUAUGGCAAUACCGGCAACAGUGGCAGCAACAACAAUAACAACAGUCCAGCACACAGCAAGCACGAUGACUAUCGCGCCGCUGGCAUGUAUUCUGCGCCAGCCAGCGCCCACUACGCUGGACUCAUCGAUUUGGCUGCGGCCAAUCCCUUCAAUGACAAAAUGACCACCUCCACCGCUUCAACUGCAAUUUUAAGCGCCUCACCCGCGCGCAGCGUCAAAAUCAACAUUACCGAAAAUAGACUGGAUCUCAUGAGUAACCAAAGCCGCAUCUUGCCCACACCCACAAAACAACAGCAGCAGCUGCUAGCCGCCAGCAAUGCGCUACGCCAAGGACUUGGCGCCUUUGCCAACACCACUUUGGCCGCGCAGAUGGUAAGCGGUGGUAGCGCGGGCACUUUGCGACGCCAACGACAUCCGAAAAUGUUCAAAAGCGAAAAUAUUCAAAGGCGCCAGCAACAAUAA